AUGCGGCACGAAUGUAGAAAACAUUUGGAACCCGGGACCCAGUGGACGCGAGUCCACCGACUGCUGACCUCAGAUGCUGGUCUAACAGGCGAGGGCGCAGCGCGGGCCCGGACGGCGCUGUCGGCGCGGCGCUUCGUGGUGCUGCUCGUCUUCAGCCUCUACUCGCUGGUGAACGCCUUCCAGUGGAUCCAGUACAGCAUCAUCAGCAACGUGUUCGAGGGCUUCUACGGCGUGUCCCUGCUCCACGUCGACUGGCUCUCCAUGGUGUACAUGCUGGCCUACGUUCCGCUCAUCUUCCCGGCCACCUGGCUGCUGGACACGCGGGGCCUGCGCCUCACCGCCCUGCUGGGCUCCGGCCUCAAUUGCCUGGGCGCCUGGGUCAAGUGCGGCAGCGUGCAGCCGCACCUCUUCUGGGUCACCAUGCUGGGCCAGUGCCUGUGCUCCGUGGCCCAGGUCUUCAUCCUGGGCUUGCCCUCUCGCAUCGCCUCGGUGUGGUUUGGGCCCAGGGAGGUGUCCACAGCCUGUGCCACCGCCGUGCUGGGCAAUCAGCUUGGAACGGCAGUUGGCUUUUUGCUACCACCUGUUUUAGUCCCCAACACACAGAAUAACACAGAUCUCCUGGCUCGUAAUAUCAGCACCAUGUUUUAUGGGACAUCGGGUGUCUCCACACUUUUAUUUAUUUUAACAGCAAUUGCAUUCAGGGAAAAGCCUCCCUACCCACCGAGCCAGGCUCAAGCAGCUCUUCAAGACAGCCCCCCCGCAGAGUACUCCUAUAAGAAAUCAAUAAGAAACCUGUUUAAAAACCUUCCCUUUGUUCUUCUGUUGAUCUCUUAUGGUAUCAUGACUGGGGCAUUUUAUUCGGUCUCAACAUUGCUGAACCAAAUGAUACUGACAUAUUACGAGGGUCAGGAGGUGAAUGCGGGAAGGAUCGGGCUCACUCUGGUGGUGGCCGGAAUGCUGGGCUCCAUCCUGUGCGGCCUGUGGCUGGACUACACCAAAACGUACAAACAGACUACUCUGAUAGUUUACAUUUUGUCUUUUAUUGGAAUGAUUAUAUUUACUUUCACGUUGGACCUGGGCUACAUUAUCAUCGUGUUUGUCACUGGAGGGAUCCUUGGCUUCUUCAUGACUGGUUACCUCCCCCUGGGGUUUGAAUUUGCUGUUGAAAUCACGUACCCUGAGUCUGAGGGCACUUCGUCUGGUCUUCUUAAUGCUGCCGCCCAGAUUUUUGGAAUUUUGUUCACAUUGGCUCAAGGAAAGCUCAUAACAGAUCACUGUCCCAGGGCAGGGAACAUUUUCCUCUGCUUCUGGAUGUUUUUGGGCAUCAUUCUAACAGCGCUAAUCAAGUCUGAUCUAAGAAGACACAACAUAAAUCUGGGCAUCACAAAUGCUGAAAUUAAAGCUGUGCCAGUCGACAGCCCCACAGAUGAGAAGGCAGAAGCCGUCACAUUAUCCGUCCAGUCAGAGUCCUCCAUCUGAAGUGGAAGGAAGUUGUUAUCCCUCGGUCACUGGCGUGCAGCGUGCUGAUCUGUGGGGAGAGGUGAACAGGGAAACUCAGUGUAGAAGUGACAGGGACAGACAUUUACUUGAAAAUUACUCAUGAGCUCUAAAUGAACAAUUAUUUUGCUUAAUUAUUUAAGCAAUAUUUUGCUCAAAAUACUUUUGCUUACAUCGUGUUAACACUACCAUUCAUCUCAUUGGGGUCCCAUUUUCAGUCAUGAAUCAUGUCUGGGAACGGAGGCAGGAGGAUUUACAGGUUUGAGGUUGGUUUGGACAACUUAACGAGGCCCUGUCUCGGAGGAGAGGGGCCGGAGUGAAGCUUGGCACUGGGGCCAAUCCCCGGGUGUCCUGGUCCUCUGAAGAGAGUGGGAGCUUGGGAGACUUCAUGCAGCGAUGCUGGGGCACGGUUCUCGUCAGAGUCCGUGCAGCUCACAGAAAUGUUUGGUGGGGCCAGGUGCCCCCACUGUGCUGCCCGCCUGGCAGUGCGCGUCCUGGCUGAUUGCGAGACAGCGAGAGCCCCCGUUUCUUGUUCUUGUACAGUGCUGUGUAGCAGGUCCUUUCGGUGACCACAGAAGCUGUUCUGUGUUCGAUCCACACAGGAUUGGUCGUAGGAUUGUGUCCCAUUUAAGCAAGGGAGCCAGCCGCAGGGCGCGUUGCCUUCUGUGCUGCCUUCCCACCAUGGAUAAAUGCUAACACCGUAGUUUUCAGUCCAGCUUGAAACAAGUUUUAUACCCAGUGUCCUUUUGUAGUACGUUUAUUCAAUAUGUAACUUUCUAGCAAGAAAAUUCAUCCUACGAUUUUAUGGCCAUUUCAUGAUUUCUCGCAUCAUUGCCCUACAAUGUUGCCUUGAAGAUGCGUAACUUCUGAUGGUCCUGGUGUCCCCGUGGAGUGGAGACCUUGAAAGGCUGACCGUCCUGAUUGUGCAGAGUCCUCUGCCUGCAGGUUCUCCUCAGGAGGCCUGCGCCCAGCAGGAGCCCUGCACCAGGGCCUAGGCCUCCAUCCUUUAGCACCGGGCAUUGCUCGACCGCAGGCCCCCGCCGCUGUGCUGCGAGCUUGGGUGAGCAGGGCCAGAUGCACCUUUCACAGUGCCUACCGCUGCGUUCUGUUUACAGCGAGAAUCUAAAUGUCGUCCGUUUCCUGGCUUUAAGCUCAGAGGAAACGUCUUUAAGUAGGGAUGUUUGCUGCACCACAAUAUUUAUGUUAUGUCCUCAUGCACAAGAACCCCAAUUGGGAAAUCAAUGACAGUUUUGAUUAAAGUGGAAUAUGUAUUGUGAUUUAAAUUGAGACUAUAAUAUUAUCUGUAAUCAAAAAACUAAAUUAUGUAGAGUCUGACCCUAGAGAAUGUAUUCGGUUACCAAAGGAACAUAGCUAAGAGUCAAGACUCUGGUUCUGUGCCCUGGGUGUGUUUCUGUCUCCCUAACUCUGGGGAAGCCUUUCCCUCUCCAGGCAGUUUUCCCAACCCAUGGAAUGUGUUCACUUUGAUCUCAAAGAUAUUUUUAUAAAAUUUUAAGUACCAUCAUUGCAGAGUAGACUAAAUCAGUCAACAACUCAAACAGAAAACAAUUCCCUGGACAAUUGAAAAAGCAGUCCUGAUUUUUACCUGGUGGAUGAAGGGAUUUCAGGUCUUUAGUCAGCAGCCGCAGGCCAGGCGGAACGCGCCCAGACGCCAGCUGCUUUUGACGUUUGCAUCGUGAUUCAAUUGGUCAGAAGUGGAUUUUAAAGUCCCUCCCAAUAAUUAUUUUUAUUGUUAAAUAAUAACAUGCUUUCUGAGAUUUUGAACAAAUUACAGCUUAAACUUGGAAUACUUUAUUUCUGAAACAUACGCACGUGUUUUGUUUGUCCUUGUUCAAAAGUGAGUAUAAUGAGUGACAAAAAUAUAAAAUGAAUUGGUAAUUUUCUUUGUUUAUUUGUGAAAGUUAUGUCAGACAAGAAUGUCAUGAUUGUGUUGUAACUUUCAAAAGUAGCGUAGGUAAUCACAUGUGUAUUUUAGUCAAAGGGUUUUGGUAAAGAAACACUGGAUACUUUCAGAAGCUAUUGCACUUGUAAAUGUUGCAAAUGUAGCUUUUGUUUUUAUGAGAGUGUUAGAAAUGUCUUUUAGAAAUGUCUAUAUGUAAAAAUACGUUUGUGGAUUAGCUGGAAGAAUGCUUGGUCUUAUGUUAUUAUCCAUGUUCUAAAUUUUGCUCUUUUUACAGUUUGCCCAUAUGCUUGUUCUUCAUUAUU